GGGUAAAAAUGGGGUUUGGUGUAAAUCUAGGGUGUAUUGCUGUCAUAUAUCACAGCAGCUCGUAAAAACGACACUGAGGAUUCUUGGCCAACAAAUCAGAGAGAGAAAAUAUGAGUUCUUAUUAUGUGGAUAGUCUGCUUUGCAAACCCGCGGCGGGUUGUUCUCUGUUCGCGAGCGCAGAGCGAGCCUCCUGCAGGACUGGACCCAGCGGAGAGGAGCAGACUGCUGCCGCCUUCGCCUUUGCUCCGUGUCUCUCUGGAGUUUACGGCGUCAGUAAUGGAAGCCAGAGCCGCCCUGUGUUUACCUCAGGCUAUCGGGGACAGGACGCGCACACGCAGCUCUGCAGCCCGUUUGAGCAGGGCAGCUGCUGUCACCCGGGGCUGGGCCCCCUCACCUCUCCGCCGGACAAACAGCACCGGUUGUACCCCUGGAUGCGCGCAUCAGAUCCGACCAGAAAGCGCGGACGGCAGACCUACUCCCGGUACCAGACCCUGGAGCUGGAGAAGGAGUUCCACUUCAACCGGUACCUGACCCGCCGGCGCAGGAUCGAGAUCUCACACGCACUCUGCCUCUCAGAGAGACAGAUCAAGAUCUGGUUCCAGAACCGCAGGAUGAAGUGGAAGAAGGACCACAAGGAGGAGCCGAACCAGGAGGGGGGUCUUGGCGAGGUUCAGGCCGAAGCUGGAGACACCGGAAGCGCAGAGUCCCGACCCGCUGCUGAAUAACAAAAGAGAGAAAUAAAAAUAUUCAUCCAAUAGACACUGUUGAUAUGGAA